ACAUCGCUUUUUCAUUUGACAGCGCUUUGAGUUUUGACAGAUACGCAUUACAAUUUCAAAAAGUGGAGAACCCUGAAUACUCGAAAGUGCGUGAAAUAUUGCAGAAUUGACAAGUGAUAUGUGCUACUGCCGCAUGUGGGUGGCGAACUCAUUCAUCAGCGAAUCAUAAGUUUUACAUCCCACUUGAUUACCGCUCAGAUUGUUGAUUAGUUAAGAAUAAUAACUAUCAACGAUGUCUGAAAUUUCGGAUGAAAAUUUUGGAUCCCAAUAUGCGCUCCAGGUUGCUUUGCAAACAAUGAAAGAACGCUGUCAACAAUUUCAGAAGAGACUGGACAUCGCAGAACGGGAGAAUGCUAGUUUACGCGUAAAAUGCCAUAAAGAAUUCAGCUCAGCCAUGGUUCCUACCACUGGAGAUAACCAAAUUAGCGAAGUACAGACCUUAACCGAUAAAGUCGAGCAGCUGACCAGGAUAAAGACACAGUUAACACAUCAUAUUUUCAUGAUUGCAAAUGAAAAUCGUCAACUUUGGAAACGUUUGUCACGAUUAACAAAGACUAAUAAGAGUCUUGGAAAUCAUUUGAAUAAAAUAUCAGAUGCUCUACAGCAACAUCCUUCUACUCAACCGUUAGAAGCUCUGUCUUAUAAUAUGAGACUAGACUUCAACCUCAGCAAAAAUGAAUCAGACCAGUUUCUCGUGCCCGCGGAUCUUGGUAAGAUUAUUUCAGAAUCCAACGAAACGAGUUUGGAAGAAAUUUCAUUGAAACUAAUAAACAGUAUUAAAAUGGAGAAGUCUGAGUUGGAGCAGCAAUAUGCUGAGAUGGUAGAAAUGCAGAAUACUUCUGAAAUUAAUCUCCAGAACAUGGGCUAUUCUUAUCCUGAGUGUAUGGACUCUGAUUGUGUGGAACAAUUGAAACAGCAUGAUACAAGAUUGUCUCAUACAAAAGACAUAUUGCUCUCACAGCAGACGAAGCUUAAAACAAUUAUAGGAAAAUUGAGAAUAAUAAAGAAAGGAGCAAUGUGUAAGAGUUGCCGUAACAAUGCUAGGAAAAAAAUGUGCCAAGCAGGAACUCAGUUUAAUUCAGAUGACAGCUUAAAAGAAAAUGGUGCUACACAAACAAGUCUCAUUCCGAACUCCACCACAUUACCAGAAAAUAUGAAUUAUACAACAGACGGUUGCAGUGAAGUUGAGAACAAAAUUUGCCCUAUGUGCGAAAUGGUUUAUGGAAAAACAACCAAUUGCGCAGAAUUUCACGAGCAUGUUUUAAGUCACUUUUCGGACGAAGAAAAAUCACCCGGAUGUGAUUUCGAAAUAAUUCAAUAGCAUUUAAUUAUAUAUGAACUGCUACAGCCGUAGGCAAUUAAUUAGCAGGCACCUAUUAUCUAUUUUGUAAGUUGUGAAAAAAUGUAAUAUAAUAGAUAACAAGAAACGGAUGGUAUAAUUAUAUGAACGUAUGUACGUAUAUUGAAUGAUGUAUGCAUAUGUCUGUCUCUACUUGGAUUAA